AAUAUGGAGUCUUUUUGCGAAGACCUCCUUGUUGAUAAGCACACCAAGGCACACAACAGCAAUAAGAACUAGCACGAAGAUGGAAAGCUAGCGAGUAUACUAGGUAUUAACUUCGGGUAAGGUUAUGCCGAUGUAGAGUGGUUUACCGAACAGUUUCCCGUAGGAUAGACCUUCUCCUCACCAUCCUUGCUAAAGCCUCCUUUCAACAUGCCAAGCCGUAGUAUUUUACGACGAGUUAAGACGUAUUGGGACUUCCGCGUUGAUUCCCCACUAUCUCCGCAGAUAUCUUUUUGAAUUGCUUAUUUUCUAGCUCUGAAUUAACUAUGAAAUAUUGGAGAGCAACGAAAGCCGGGGCUCAACCACGUGCGCCGAGACAAUGAUCUAAAUAGUGUCUAUAGGAUAGGCCGAUGGAAGGGCCGAAAGACUCAAUCCAGUAUCGGAAAGCCGUUGCGGUGAUCUUAUGACUUUUUCGUGAUGUCUUCACUCGCAAUUCGUCAUUCAUCCCUGUUUUCACAUAGGGUAAAAUCCUAGAGUAGCAAUGUCAUGAUAAAUAAGCGUGGUAUCCCGAGGCCGGGGCAGAUGUUACGAGAUUCUUCUGGCCCGUGUCGGAGUUAUCAUUCAUAGAAUCAGUACAACAUCAAUUAUAAUGGGUUUACUCAAUAGACCGUGUCGUGGUUUGCUUGCCUUGUUGACAUUAUCAACAUGGCUGCAGAGUGGCACCUGCUCCGGGGCACUUCACCGGACCGGACAAUCGCUUCUCACCCGUGCGACAAAUGAUAGUGAAGCGCUCCCAGCUUACAAGAACCCUUCAUUAUGUAUCAAUGACAGAGUCGAGGACCUCAUCCAACGUAUGACGCUAGAGGAGAAAGCUGGGCAAUUGUUCCAUGCUAUGUUAUAUAUGGGUCCAAACGGCACGCUAGAUGAAGGGAGCGAGGCCGCUCGUCGGAAUAGCACCGAAUUCAUGAUUGGCGAUCAACUUUUGACACACUUUAACCUUGUCGGUGAUAUAAUCGACGCGCGACAGGUAGCUGAAUUCUAUAAUCGAGUACAACAACGGGCCCAACAGACACGGCUAGGCAUUCCUGUAACCUUGUCGUCGGAUCCGCGACAUCAUUUUACGGAAAACGUGGGAACUGGUUUCAAUGCGGGGCGCUUUUCGCAAUGGCCCGAAACACUCGGACUUGCAGCUCUUCGGGACGCCGACUUGGUUAAGAAGUUCGCUGAGAUUGCGCGUGAGGAAUACCUUGCUGUAGGUCUUCGCGCUGCGUUACACCCGCAAGUUGAUGUAUCGACAGAGCCGAGAUGGGCUCGAAUCUCCGGUACCUUCGGUGAGGACGCGCAUUUAACGGCGGAACUCAUCACGGCGUACAUCAAAGGUUUUCAAGGAGAUAAACUAGGUCCUUACUCCGUAAGCACCGUGACGAAGCAUUUCCCCGGAGGAGGUCCGAUGGAAAAUGGCGAAGACUCUCAUUUUGUCUACGGGAAGAAUGAGACCUACCCAGGAAACAAUCUAGACUACCAUCUUAUCACUUUCAAAGCAGCAAUUGCAGCGGGUGCUCGACAGAUAAUGCCCUACUACAGCCGUCCAAUUGGUACUCAAUUUGAACCAGUGGGGUUCUCGUUCAACAAGGGCAUUGUCACAGACCUCCUGCGCAACGAACUCGGAUUCGAAGGCAUCGUGGUUACCGACUGGGGUCUAAUCACCGACACCGAAAUCGCGGGACAAUACAUGCCAGCUCGCGCAUGGGGCGUCGAGACUCUAACCGAGCUUGAGCGAGCAACUCGCAUCCUCGAAGCCGGAUGCGACCAAUUCGGCGGCGAAACACGACCUGAGCUUAUUAUCCAGCUCGUCAAAGAGGGCAAAGUAAGCGAAGACCGACUCGACACCUCAAUCCGGAAACUUCUCCGCGAGAAAUUCGUUCUAGGGCUUUUCGAUAAUCCUUUCGUAGACCCAGAUGCGGCUUCGCGGAUCGUCGGGAACGACUACUUCGUGCGUCUAGGCAAUGAAGCACAGCGUCGCGCGUACACGCUCUUGACCAACAAAGACGACAUCCUACCACUCCGAAACAUCGGGUCGGAGACGAAGUUCUACAUUGAGGGGUUCAACGCGACGUUCCUCCAAAACCGCAACUUAACUGUGGUCACCAAACCGGAAGAUGCCGAUUACGCUCUUCUCCGCCUCGCAGCCCCCUACGAACCGCGCCCUGGAGGCUUCGAAGCAAAUUUCCACGCCGGUUCCCUCGAGUUCUCGGCCGAUGAGAGGAAUCGACAAGCUGAUAUCUACGAGUCGGUGCCGACGAUUGUGGAUAUGAUGCUGGACCGACCGGCUGCAGUGCCGGAAGUAGCCGAAAACGCCAAGGCUAUGCUGGCUAGUUUCGGAAGUAGCUCCGAAGCGUUUCUAGACGUGAUUCUUGGGCUCGCUGAGCCGGAGGGUAAGUUACCGUAUGAUCUACCUCGCUCGAAUGCAGCGGUGGAAACGAAUAUGGAGGAUGUGCCAUUUGAUACGAGGGACCCGGUGUUUAAAUUUGGACAUGGCUUGAGAUACGCAGAUAAAUGUGCUAGUUAGGUGAAUGAGAGGGUUUACGUCGUUAGUUGUCCGAUUUAAAAAUUUAAUGUGAAGUAAUGAUGUGGUUGCUUUGGAGAUAUU